GCUGACAGCAGCAAAGGAAAGGAAAAGAAAAGAGAAGCCAAAUCAAUCAACAACGAUAUUGGAAGAACAAAAAAAGAAAUAAACAACAAAUUAAGACAAUAAAAAAUAAUCAAUAAAAAAAAGUUAAAAUAUUUGUGAUUAAUAGCGGCGUGCAGGCAUAAAUCAUGGAAAUGGAAUAUGAUGAAAGCGGCUGGCAGCAAGGCAGACCCAAGGGAGAAGAUGAGGAAAUGGCCGAAGAUAAUCCUCAAGAAACCAUACAGGAAUGUUUGGAAAAAUUUCUAACUCCAGACUACAUAAUGGAGCCGGGCAUAUUCACCCAAUUGAAAAGGUAUUUUCAAUCUGGUGGUUCACCGGAGGAAGUGAUUAUGAUGUUAUCCGAAAACUAUAAAGCGGUGGCUCAAAUGGCAAACCUUUUGGCUGAGUGGUUAAUUUUGGCCGGCGUAAAGGUCACCGAUGUUCAAGCUAUGGUGGAGAAUCAUUUGAAGGACAUGAUUUUGAAGACAUUCGAUCCCAAAAAGGCAGAUACGAUUUUCACCGAGGAAGGUGAAACACCAGAUUGGUUGACCGAAAUGAUAGAUCAUCCAACUUGGCGUUCAUUGAUUUAUCGUUUAGCUGAGGAAUAUCCCGAUUGUUUGAUGCUGAAUUUUACUAUAAAACUAAUUUCCGAUGCUGGCUUUCAAAGUGAAAUAACCUCAAUAUCCACAGCGGCCCAACAGAUUGAAGUCUUCUCUAGGGUAUUAAAGACCUCAAUAUCGAAAUUCCUUAGCAAUCCAGAAGAUAUACAAGGAGCCAUACAAGAGUGUGCCCGUAUGGUUUGUCAUGGCCAACAUACAUAUGUGUACUCACAGGUUUUGAUACAAGUGUUGAGUCAAGAGACCAAAGGUGGUUUUAAUAUGAAGAGAUUGUCGCAGGAAAUUACGAAAUAUGCCUUGCAAAACAACCAAAAUGUUACCCCCAUAACCAUGGCCUUGAAUGGUUCCGCCGCCUAUCCGCAGGCUUGUCAAGCCCUCUCUUCAAUGUUGUCACGAAACACUCUUAAUCCUGCUGAUAUCACUGUUCUAUAUCGUAAUUACUCUGGAGCUGAUCCACCACCUAUAGAUCUGAUAAGAAAUCCUCAAUUCCUAGAGUUGUUGGUUGACUCACUUUUUAAGGCUGGAGUAAAAAUAAAUCCUGAACAUAAGUCGAAGUAUAUAUUCCUGCUUGCCUAUGCAGCCUCUGUAGUAGAUACACCAGCAAAGAAAAGACCCCUGACGGAAAGAGUCCUCAACAAGGAGGAAUUAAAAAGUACAAUACAAGCCAUAGAAAAGGUUCAUGCCAUUUGUAAUGUCAACAAGGGAUCGACGGAACUGAUAGCUGAACUGCAAACUCUUUAUAAUUGCAUAAAAUUUCCCGUAGUAGGUGUUGGUGUUAUUCGCUGGAUAGAAAACACAGUUACGGAACCAUCAUAUUUUAAACUUUCCACAGACAGUUGCCCCACGCAUUUAGCCAUUCUAGACGAAGUGGCUGCUGUUCAUCCCACUUUACAUCAACAAAUCCUUAGUCUACUUAUACGCCUGUUCGAGUCCAAACAAGAUGAGCUGGAAAUUUUGGUACAAUUGGAAAUGAAAAAAAUGUUACUUGAUCGUAUGGUCAACUUGUUGACACGAGGAUGUGUUGUUCCUGUGGUUAAAUACAUCAAGCAAUGUUGGGGUAAAGGUGAUACAGAUAUAUCUUUGAUACGUUACUUUGUAACGGAAGUACUGGAGACCAUAACACAUCCAUAUUCAUCGGAAUUUGUGUUAUUAUUUCUGCCUAUGGUGGAGAAUGAGGAAAUCACGGGCACAAUGCGUGGUGAGGGUGACAAUGAUCCAGUAUCUGAAUUUAUUGUCCAUUGCAAAGCUCAUUAUACCACUGUGUAAUUGGAUUUUCCUUUAUUAGUUACAGAUUUCAAACAUUUUUUAUACAUACUUUAUUUAAUUUUCUAGUAUUUUUGGAAUAUUUCCUCUUUAACUGUAUUUAAAAAAAUGUAAAAUUUAUAUUUUACUACAUUUUUGUAAUAAAUUAGAAUUAUAUUCAAAUAAUGAAUAUAAAGAAAACCAA